AUGACUAAACGGUCUCAGAAACGAAAGGAAGCCCGCAGUGUGCCUGGAUUGAUCUUUGUUGCCUUUGAUGGCACAUGGCAUGGUAGUAGCAAGAGUUCAAAAGAGACCGUGGUCUCAUGCCUGCCUCGUCUCAUCGCUAAAGGCGAAAACGCUCGAAAGAUCCGCCUCAACGGUGUAGGGAGCGACGGUUUAACAGACAAGUUUCUCGGAGGUCUUGGUGGAUGGGGCACACUCCGGAACGUGAUCCGAGCCUAUGAUAAUAUUGCCGAAGACUACAACGAGCGAGACAGGAUUAUCCUUUGUGGCUACUCGCGAGGUGCAUGGGCUGCUCGCUACCUUGCUCUCAUCAUUGAACGCAUCGGCCUAGUUCGUGAUGGCGACAGGGCGUUUUACAAGCGCUUAUACAAGGCAUGUGACAAUGACCCAUAUCUUGCCAAAGUCGAUAAGUAUGAAGUACGUGGCACCUAUAAAUUCUACGAUGAUGUCAAAAUCGAUGCCUUGUGUUGCUUCGAUACAGUUGGCUCACUGGGCCUCCCGCUGUUUGGCAUUGCAAAGCCGCUCUCUUACCUUCAUCGAAACAAGUAUCAACCCAAAACCAUAGACCCUGUUCCAAAGAGUGAGUAUCAUGAAUAUCCGGGAUCAAUUGAUCUGGACUUCCGACUUCGCCAUGAACUAAUACUCGAAUCAGAUUCCGACCUACAUAUGCGGACGCAACGUGCACCAAGUCUUUUUUCUAGGCGAUCAUGGUACAUAGGCAAGAUUGAGAAACACGAGGGUCUUGUGCAUGCUCCUCUCGCGUGGAUGGUCCAGCAACUAAAAUCGCACAUGAGCAUUUCCUUCGAUGAAGACAAACUCAGGGAGCGCUUCCCAAGCUACAUUUCCGAGGAACAAGCCAAGGUUGCGUCUCGACAAGGACGCCAACACACCACGCGUAAGUUCAUGGAGCAGCAUGCCUGGUGCUGUCCCAGCGGUUCCUUGCCUGGAGCUGGGAUUGGCAAACUAUUCAUCAUGGGUAAAAAAGACCGUGACCCGGGAAUGGUUCUCAAGUUCUGUAACUCCGAGUACCCCGAGUCCAGCACAGACGAAUUAAGUCGGCAUGAGGCUGCUUCGUCUCAUCCUGAAAUACACAUCAACGCGAGAGGACGGCAGGCAUGUGGCUUCAUCGAUGCAGUACCAGGUUAUAUUGGCUCCGUAUCUCCGGAUUCAAGCCGAGUUUGGCUUUGGAAGAGGAACAUGAAUGGAGGGCAGGACGGGACUUCUGCGAACAUAAUUCAUGAAGCAAGGGUUGGCUUUCUAGAAGCGAGACUUCUGGGACUACCUUUGAAGGAAGCUAGCGAACUCAGCUGCUGUGAUCUGGAACGCUCAAGAGAAGAUCUUACCAAUGAUGGAGUUUCAGACAUUGACGGGAAAGCUCAGAGGCGACAAAGCACACGGAUUAGGGUAAAGAAGUGGUUUAAAAGAGGCUUUGGUGCAAGUUCCGAAACGUCCUAG